AUGGAAAAAGAAAUUGAUCGUUUAAACCGCGAAAUUGACGAAAUCAAAAUGUUGAAAAAACGAGACGAAGAAGAGCUGAUCAAUGAAUGGAAAGAAAAACUGAUGAAGAAGCAAAAAGAGUUUGAAGAAACUAAAGACGUUCUGCAAAAAGUGGAGGCGUUAACCGAAAAUAUUAGAAAUAUUUCUGCAAAAGUAUCUAACGAAAGCGAAAGAACGGCCAUUGAACGUGAAGCGAAACUGACAGAAAGGGAACAUCUGAUCGAAUUCAGAGAGCAACGGUAUUUCAUCUGGAAAUAA